AUGGCAGCAGAUUUUGGGAGCCCUAAUGCCAGUGUGAUUGGGGAGAGGUCCCUGGCUGGGGGGAGCAGCUGGGUGGCCGCCUUCCUCUGCUUCAUCAUCCUGCUGACCACCCUGGGGAACGUCCUGCUCAUCCUGCUGAUCUUCACGCAGCGCUCCCUGCGCAACACCUCCAACUACUUCCUGGUGUCCCUCUUCAUGUCCGACCUGAUGGUGGGCAUGGUGGUCAUGCCCCCAGCCAUGCUGAACCAGCUGUACAGCCGGUGGGUGCUGGCGGGCGAAUUCUGCUCCAUCUGGUACUCCUUCGACGUCAUGUGCUGCAGUGCCUCCAUCCUCAACCUCUGCGUCAUCAGCCUGGACAGGUACCUGCUCAUCAUUUCCCCCCUCAAGUACAAGCUCAGGAUGACCUCCUGCAGGGCCGUGUGGCUCAUCUUCGCCACCUGGACCUUGGCCGCCCUGGCCUCCUUCCUGCCCAUCAAAAUGGGGUGGCACGAGCUGGAGUUUGAGAUCAGGCCCCUCAAUAGCACCUCCCACGUGGAAGAGGACCAGUGCAGGCUCCUGGUCAGUCUGCCCUAUGCUCUGAUAGCCUCCUGCCUGACUUUCUUCCUCCCAUCCAUGGCUAUCUCCUUCACCUACUGCCGGAUCCUCCUGGCCGCCAGGAAGCAAGCUGUGCAGGUGGCGUCGCUCACCACCAACAUGGCCAGCACCUCCGACGAACCCCUGCAACAGGUCCCCGGAGCUCAGAGCCAAGCUGUGGCCAUGGGCGAGAACAGGAAAUUUGCCAAUAAGCACAGCAGAAAGGCGCUGAAGGCCAGCCUGACCCUGGGAAUCCUGUUGGGAAUGUUCUUCGUGGCCUGGCUCCCCUUCUUUGUUGCUAAUAUGGCACAAGCAGUGUGUGACUGCGUCCCUGCUGGCUUCUUUGACGUCCUCACCUGGCUUGGGUACUGCAACAGCACCAUGAACCCCAUCAUCUACCCCCUCUUCAUGAGGGACUUCAAAAGAGCCAUGGCUAAGUACCUGCCCUGCUGCCGGCGCUCUUGGGAAGGCAGGCCUAGCGCCAUUUCCCUGUCCAUGCAGAACUCCAACAGCAGGCCCCGGCUGGGGAUGUCCCUCAAGAACGUCCUCACACUGCAGGGCGAGACGGACUCAGUUGACUCAGUCAUCCAGGUGAACGAGCACAUCUUGCCGCCUGCCUGCAAAGACCCCCACCUGGAGUCCAUCCCAGCCACGGCUGCCGACUCAGUCAACCUCUUCGACUUAGAUCACAUGGACCAGGAGCUGCAGAUCAACCAGCUGAACACGCCCAUGGAUUGA